AUGCCUUCAUCAGAAACUCGACGAAUGAUGCUGGUCAAGAACGUGUUCAGUCGGUCGAUCACCAACGUCUCCAAACCAGUGAAUGCUCAAACACUUGCCGAGGCCUUUCCGUACGCGACCCCUCAGAUGCUGGACACUCUGGCCGAGCAAACAAAAACACUGUUUUCGCACUAUGCCAACGGUCGAUGGACCGAAUUUGCUGAAGCGGCCUCCUUUGAGGAGCUCUGCAAUCAAUUCGAUCUCCUCGAGCGCGAGGCCAUCGAGAGAAUCCAAGCGGGCGCGCAACCAGUCAAGAUUACCCGGGACCCUAAACUGUCGAUCCCGCCGCUCCUCCUCCAAACGUUGACCAAUCUAGAGACUCUGUACCAGUCAGCCAAUGAGCGUCAGCUGCAGACGAACGCAAACCUGCAAGCCCAGAUCAGGAAGCAAAUCAGCGAGAUCGAGCGGCUAGAGUCGGACAUCAAGAAUCGCGUCGGGCAGAUCCAAUCGACCGCGGAUCAGUGGAAGCAGCCCGAGGGAGCCUGGAUGGAUGGGCCCUUGGCCCAGUCCAAGCACACCGACUUGCAAGUCCACCGGCACCUCAAAUAA